CGCCCACUACUGCAUCGUGAUUGGUUAUGUCAGGUCCUUAUAUUCCUUGCGCUUCCGUUUUUGUUCUCUCUCUUCACGCGACCCUAUCGCGAGAUAUCACCCUCGUCUUUAAACCAGCUGUUAAGCGAUCCUUGGAAGCACUGCAAAGAUGCCCAGGGAAGACAGGGCCGCAUGGAAGUCUGGCUACUUCGUCAAAAUCAUCCAACUUUUGGAUGACUACCCAAAAUGUUUCAUCGUCGGCGCCGACAACGUUGGCUCCAAGCAAAUGCAGACCAUCCGUCUGUCUCUGCGCGGAAAGGCUGUCGUGCUCAUGGGUAAAAACACCAUGAUGCGCAAAGCCAUCCGUGGACAUCUGGAAAACAACCCAGCCCUGGAGAAGCUCCUGCCCCACAUCAAGGGAAACGUAGGAUUUGUCUUCACCAAGGAAGAUCUGGUCGAGGUCAGGGACCUGCUGCUGUGCAACAAGGUGCCUGCAGCUGCCCGUGCCGGAGCCAUUGCCCCAUGUGAGGUGAUUGUGCCAGCCCAGAAUACUGGUCUGGGCCCAGAGAAGACGUCUUUCUUCCAGGCUUUGGGUAUCACCACAAAGAUCUCCAGGGGUACCAUUGAAAUCUUGAGUGACGUUGGCUUGAUCAAGACCGGUGACAAGGUUGGUGCCAGUGAGGCCACGCUCCUCAACAUGCUGAACAUCUCGCCCUUCUCGUACGGUCUGAUCAUCCAGCAGGUGUAUGACAAUGGCAGUGUUUACAGCCCUGAGGUGCUUGACAUCACAGAGGCAGCCCUGCACGCCCGCUUCUUGGAGGGCGUGAGGAACAUUGCUAGCGUGUGUCUGGAGAUCGGCUACCCAACUCUGGCCUCCAUCCCCCACUCCAUCAUCAAUGGCUACAAGAGGGUCCUUGCAGUUGCUGUGGAGACUGACAUCUCCUUCCCCCUGGCAGAGAAGGUCAAGGCCUACCUGGCUGAUCCAACCGCCUUCGCUGCAGUGGCAGCACCUGCUGCUGUGGCCGCUGCUGCAGCACCAGCUGCUGCGGCUGCCCCUGCCAAGGAGGCCGCGAAGGACGAGUCCGAGGAAUCUGAUGAUGACAUGGGCUUCGGUCUGUUCGACUAAACGACUCCAGCGAUCGGAUGUAUCAAUCACCACCCUGAUGAAUAAAACAUUGUCAAAUGUU